UCUGUUCAUCUCGACUGAAGACUUGAAAACAUGUCUGGACGCGGCAAGGGAGGCAAAGGACUCGGUAAAGGAGGCGCCAAGCGGCACCGUAAAGUGCUCCGUGAUAACAUCCAGGGCAUCACCAAACCCGCCAUCCGCCGUCUGGCUCGCCGCGGCGGAGUCAAGCGUAUCUCCGGUCUGAUCUACGAGGAGACCCGCGGUGUGCUCAAGGUCUUCCUGGAGAACGUCAUCCGUGAUGCCGUCACCUACACCGAGCACGCCAAGAGGAAGACUGUGACCGCCAUGGAUGUGGUGUACGCUCUCAAGAGGCAGGGCCGCACCCUGUACGGCUUCGGAGGCUAAACACCACGAGGCUGCUCCAACAACACAACGGCUCUUUUAAGAGCCACCCACACACCUCAAAGAGACGCUUUCUGUUCAUUAUCAAUAUCAUUACUUUGUUGGAUGAAUAACCUGUAACAGCAGGAAUAGUUAUUUUCCCUAGGAACCAUUGUUUAUGGCGCAGCAAAGCUAAAGUGUUUGUUGCAACACGGACCGUUUUGAGUAAAGCACCUGAGAGUAACAGAGUUGCUGUAAUGUUGUGAACAUGACUGCCGGUCUUUUGAUUUAAUUGUGUUUAAUCAUGACCCAGUUGGGUUUGAAUAAGAUAUUAUGUAGGCCUCGGUUGUGGAAGAGAACAUAAUUUAACACUAUAAUAAACAAACCAACAAUACUGUCUUAGUUUUUUUUAGUUGGCAGAUCUAGAGGGAAAGUUACAUUAAGGUUUUAUACAAAAGUCUUGCAGAUGGUUGCAAAUAUAUUUUAUAUGCUUUCUAUGGCUGUUAGUUUGUGAUGCUGUAUUGUUCAAUGGGGUUCAAUCACUUUUUUUUUAAUUUUUUUGUCAGGUGAAGUGAAAACAUGGAUUUUAAGUACUCAGUCUUGUCAGCACUAUUUUUUAUUCUGUACUCUGCAGAUAUGUUUUUAUAAAUGAGUGUGUGUGCA